GAGCUCAGUCAGCAUUUGACUCAGUGGUGGCAGGGGAUCCAGGAUUUCCACUUGUCAGUUACUCCCUGAUACCGAAAUCAAGUGCAUCCCCCUCAGCUAAAAAUGUCAAAGUUGGAUCAGAUCCUUAUUCUUGACCCUCCCUCCGACCUCAGAUUUAAAGGUCCUUUCACAGAUGUAGUCACCACCAACCUCAAACUGAAGAACCCCUCUGACAGAAGAGUGUGUUUCAAAGUGAAGACGACAGCGCCGCGCAGGUACUGUGUACGGCCAAAUAGUGGUGUCAUCGAUGCUGGACAGGCUGUCAGCAUCUCUGUCAUGCUGCAGCCCUUUGAUUAUGACCCCAAUGAGAAAAGUAAACACAAAUUUAUGGUGCAGACUAUUUUCGCCCCGCCAAAUGUUUCUGACAUGGAUGCACUGUGGAAAGAUGCAAAACCCGAUGAUCUCAUGGAUUCCAAGCUGAGAUGUGUCUUCGAGCUGCCUUCUGAAAAUGAUAAAGUGAAUGACGUGGAUGCGACCAAAGCGGCCCCGGUGAUGAACUCUGCAAAGGCCGACCCAGCAGCAGCCGCGGUGCCUGUCGCUGCCUCACUGGACGAUACAGAGAUGAAGAAAGUGCAGGAGAAGUGCAAGAGGCUGCAAACUGAGAUGAACAAACUGGUUGAGGAGAACCGGCAACUAAAGGAGGAUGGCAUUAGAAUGAGAAAGGUACCCCGCUCAGACCACAUGACAUCAAACUCAACCAGCCUCCUCGGCAGAGAAGCCACCACUGCCUCCCUGCCCUCCCUUCUUGUUGUCAUAGCAGCCAUCUUCAUCGGUUUCUUCCUAGGGAAGUUCAUCUUGUAGACUGGGAGAUGCAUGCCAGCCGUAUCACCCGCCCCAGCUCCGGAUUCAAAAAGGCCUGGAAAAACCAACAAGUCUUUCUGUUGACUUUGCCAUAUCAUUGGUAGUGUGGCCUACAGUGAACACAUCUGUACAGCAUCAUUCGAAGGCGUCGCCUUUUUACAAUCUCACACGGUUAGUAUACACAGAGUUGAGAAAAGAAAGGCGACAAAAAAAUGAUUGCUACCCCCCCUUUUUUUGUUUUCUGUUUUUUGAUGGCUGGAUUAUACAGGUAAUGUGGCGGGACAAUGAAAGAUGUAUACUAUCAGUCAACAUGGAACAUGCGCCUAGAAUGAACCAUGGGCAAAGAAGCAGUCAAAAGAUUAGAUUUUUUUUUUCUCUCUCUCUCUCUCUCUCUCUCUCUCUCUGUUGUUUUUAAUAGGAAUUGAAUGGAAUGUUAGGUGUCUUGUAAAUGUUGUUUUAAAUCCUUUUAAACAAAAAAAGGAAAGAACUUCCAUCAAAAUGACAUUGCUACCUGUUGCUGGAUUGCCUCUGAAGUAAAUUUGUUCAGUUUGUAAUUUCUACUUCUCGUCUUGGAAUGUUCAGAAUGUUCAGGUCCAGCUGGGGAUAUAGGUGCCUCCUCCUUGUACAUUUCUAUCCUUUCCUUUUCUUCACAACACCAAUGCAGACUUUAUAUUAUAUUAUUAUUAUUAUUAUUAUUAUUAUUAUUAUUAUUAUUAUUAUUAUUAUACAAAGCAUAUAUUCCUUCUGAGGCAAAUAUUGACUGAAAAAAGGUCUCCAUUCUUAAAAUCCUGUCCCAUGGUAUUAAGCAUUGAAAAAAUAAAAAUGAAAAAAUGUGGUUUUGA